AUGCCGUAUGACUCGCACAAUCCGCUCACAGUAGCACUACCUUACAACUUUAUGAGCAACAACGACUAUCCAACAGAAGUUAUGGCCAAUAGAUUUGUUGCCUGGAGGUCUUUCAUCAAGGAGUUGCUCAAUUAUUUUAGAGAGUACGCUAGUGUUCAAGAGGAGAUAGUACGCCAACAGGCGAGACUCCAACAAGCUGUUGGUUCAACUGCUAGAUCAAUAGCUUCACCCCAGGCAGCUAAUCAUUCAUCAAAUAUUGGUAACCAAGAUUUGGAGGCUAUCACAAAGUCUUUUUUGCCAAUAGGGAAUGGUUCAGUACAAGAUGUACCCGAUAUUUUGUUCCACUAUCAUCAACAGAAUGUGACUAACUCGUCAAAAACUCUUAAGGAAAUCAACGCAAUUAUUAUUCCCAAGUUGGAAGAAUUGAGAAAAGAUUUGCUUGUGAAAAUCAAGGAGAUUAAGAAUUUGCAAAACGAUUUCAAAAACAAUUUGAAUAAGGAGCUCAAUGAAACCAAGUCGUUAAUCAGUCAAUACAACCAAGCGAUGGAAUGGGCAAAUAAGUUGGAUACCAGUCAUAGCCUGCAUCCAGCUGAUGGUGAGCAAGGGAAAUAUGAUCCAUUCUUGGUAAAGACGAAAUUGGACCGUCAGUUGAGAAGGCAAUUGGUGGAAGAGAAUUAUCUCUACGAUGCAUACGCUAAUUUACAAAAUGCCGGCAAACAAUUGGAAAGUAUCGUGGUGGCCGAAAUACAAAAUUAUCUAUCACUGUUUCUCAAAUUAAUUAGAGAGGAAAAUUUGACAUUCACAAACUACUUAGAGCCUAAUAUAUUUAACGGCUUCUUAUCUAAGGAGACAAACUUUGAAUGGAAUGCAUUCAUUGAAAGAAACUUGCCCUCUAAUAAUCUCAGUGUCAGCGCAGUGGGCAAUCAAACAACAUCUUCAGUUAAAAAUGGUACAUUUAUCGACUUGGAUAUUCCAAAGAGACACCUUCAAGACUUUGUCAUUCGUAAUGCUGAGUCCAAUUUGAAUGUUGCUGUGCGUGAAGGUUACUUGGAACGUAGGUCAAAGUUUCUCAAGAAUUAUUCCAGUGCUUGGUACGUCCUUACUUGUUCAUUCAUUCAUGAGUUCAAAUCAAACGACAGAAAGAAAGACCCUCAUCCAGUAAUGUCGUUACCUUUGGACUCUUGUACUGUUAGUGACCAUUCAAAAGACGAUGGGAAGACGAAUGGAGUGUAUAAAUUCAUUUUGACUUCAAAGCUGGCUAGUGCUUUGAUGCACAAGACACAUAAAUGGGUGUUUCGGACAAACACAUAUCAAGACAUGAUUGAUUGGUUCAAUGACAUCAAAAAGAUGACCAGUUUACCCACUCCUAUUGCAAGAGCUAGAACCUUGCCAGAUAGACCUAAGAAUACCGUCACUGCAGUGAAGGCGGAAUCAAGAGCAUCGUCAAUUCGUUCCCCGACAAGAUCUUUGAGAACCGUCAACACCAAUACAUCAAAUUUGCAAAAGACAAGUACCCGAAACUCAAAUCGACCACUUUCGCAAACUACAUCGAUCGCCAAUGCACAUAGGUUAUCAUCCACCUUUUCGCAAAGGAACAACCAGUCACCUAGAUUGGCCAACAUGAUAAACAGUGAUGGAACAAUCAUCACUCCUGUGGAGACUGAUGAUAAUGUCAAACGAAACCCUAGUUUUAUUAGUCAUUCAGGACAUCAACCAAUUAGCCGUGAUCAAACAAUGCAGCUGCAACCAAAUUAUGUACCACAACCACAAGUUCAUUACCAACAACAACAACCUAGAAGUACACUGCCGGUAAUGAGAUAUCAACAGCAACCUUAUCAGUUAAUUCCUGUAGAAUCGGUCACAAGCGGUGGUAAUCCCCAACAACAAGGACAAUUUGCUAACAUUGGCACUCCUUCAAGUAGUGUACCAUACUACAUUCAAAGUGGAGCCCAGCCACAACAGUUUUACGAUCCAGUGCAGCAACAGUACUAUACAAUCACUCCUAGCGCGCCAGUGAGUCAACAGCAAUCUCAAAACGGACAGCAAGUGACGCCACAACCACAGUUCUUUCCUACAUCCCCACGAGGAGCACCAGUGCUGAUUUUGAGUACUUCACCAGCUGCACAGCCGUUUGGAUCAGCAUACUUUUCGCAAUUUGCAGGUGCUCCGGUGUCCCAAUCACAACAGCAAGCUCAAACACAAGCUCCUUUGCAGUCUCAGUCACAAGCUCAGACUAGUCAGAAAAACAUACAUCCAAUGUAUUUGAAUGGUGACUCGAACCAACGAGAUGAUCACACCAACCAUGCCCCAACGACGCAUGAUGCAACUCAAAAUGGCGACGCAUCUCUUCAUCCAAAUAUGCAAAGGCACUUGUCAGCUGAUGAGGUAUCUACAUUGAAGAGUGGCCCAACCGAACAAGAACAACAUCCACUAGUAAGUGCUAAUGGUGAUAUUAACAUCGUUGUAAGUGAUGAUAAGUAA